CUGAAAAGUAACAUGUAAAUUUUGGAAAUUAGCAUAAGUGUUUGGUUUUAGUUCAUAUAUAGUGAUAUAUACAAAGUUUGUGCAAAGAUAAAUCUGUAAAACUCGUGUAUUUGUGUUCAUAGUUGAGACAUCAAUACUGAUGCUCAAGGAAAUUUUGUUCAUUGCUAUUUGGAUUAAUUUGUGAAUGAUCAGGGUGAGGGAGUCGCGUCGCAGCUGACCAGUCCCCCGCAUCAUGGCGCAAUCUGGCUCCCCGGACGACUGCACGGAAAAACGGAUGACCCUGAAACGGAAACGGAACUCUACUGACGAUGAGGAGGUUGAGAACAUGCCACCGAUGAAGAUAGCUCAGAAACUAGAAGAAGAACUAAGCGACCAAGCAGCCCAUAAUGUGGUUGUGGAAUCAACCUCAUCCAGUGACGAGGACACUCAAUUUGGGAACAUUGAGCAGCCGAGGAGUGUCUUCACUGAUUUAGAUUACAACCCAGAUAGUUUCCUAAGCCCACCGAGUAUACCUGAACUGCCAAAUUGUGUGUUGAGCCCUCUGGAGAAUGUGUCCAGGGGCGACUCCACACCACACACUAAUAAGAGGCCCAGCACAAGCAAGCUGGACUACCCCCUCCCCAAGCGCAAGUGCCCUCUCCCCGGGCUCUCGUGGGCGGACCCCGGCGACGUGUGGAAGGGCAUGUGCGAGUGCGACGCUCGGUCCAGCAUGAGGAAGAACCCCAGCAUGUUCGACAACCAUCCCAACCUGCAGCCGAGGAUGCGCGCCAUACUGCUGGACUGGCUUAACGAGGUGUGCGAAGUAUACAAACUACACCGGGAGACGUUCCACCUGACAGUGGACUACGUGGACCGGUAUCUCUCCAACACGGACGACGUGCAGAAGGGACGGUUGCAGCUCAUUGGUAUCACCUGCCUCUUCAUCGCCGCAAAAGUCGAAGAAGUGUACCCACCGAAAAUCGGCGAGUUCGCCUACGUCACCGACGGCGCUUGCACCACCGACGAAAUCUUGCUCGAAGAGCUCCUCAUACUCAAAAUAUUAUCCUGGAACAUCACACCUAUAACUAUCAACAGCUGGUUAAACGUGUACAUGCAGUUAGCUAGCGAAGGGAGAAGUGCUAAGCGGAGAUUGAUAAGCGAGACUGACUGCGGGGCGAAUGCGCUAAGAGGCUACACGUUCGUGUUUCCCCAGUACAGUUCGCUGGAGUUUGUGGUGUGCGGGCAGCUGAUCGACCUGGCAGUGCUGCACGUGGAUGUGAACCAGUUCUCGUACAGCGUGGUGGCGGCGGCGGCCAUCGCGCACGCCUUCGACAGGGAGCUGGCGAUCAGAGUGUCGGGCUGGACGUGGGAAGUGCUAGAGCCGUGCUACCGGUGGCUGGCGCCGUCCGUGGCCGUGGUGAAGGCCGAGGGCGCCGUCUGCGCCGUGCGCGGCGGCGACGGCGAGUUCCUGCAGCGCGCGGCGGGGCUCGACCUCAUCUGUCCCGACCUCAACGUGGACGAGUCCCACCGCAUACAGUCGCACAACGUCACCCUAGACAUGUUUGACAAAGUGAUCCACCCACCGACCGAGGAGCCGUGCGCCUCCACGCACAUCCCCGCAGCCAUCCCCGGCGACAUCUACCCGCCCACGCCGCCGCAGUCCGACCAGAAGAGCCCCCCGCCGCCCACCAAGACGCCCUCCAGCAGACCCGACACCAGGCUCCACGCUGACGAAUAGGAUACUGCCACUUGUGUACUCUGCUGAGGUAUUCAGGUUUCUUUUUGAGGUAUUCAAAAACCCCGUUUCAUCAACUAGUGACUUCUCAGUUACGUUUGCUCCGCUCCGCUUGCGUACGGCAACUAAAUACUGUUACACGUGCACUGUUUCGGUGCCCCCCACAUAUGGGUCAGGUUGGCGGUUCGGAGAGGUCACGUGUUUAAUACCUUGUUCCUAGGCUGUCAUCGCAGUAAAACAAGACAGAUAUCAUAUAUUUAAUCUAGGUACUCGACUAAAAGUAAACAAGUUAAAGAUUGAGACCCCAGAAGGCUAAGAGAUUGCCAAACCCUUAUGUACCUGCGAUAGCAGCGCCAUCUAUCUUUUCUUAUACUUUGAGACUUUAGUCGCAAUUUUUAAUUUGUUUAGCUUCAAAACCGAAGAAAUAUAUUCACAAAUCUUCAAUUACAAUAGUAUUUUAAUAAGCUCCCUGAAUACCUCGGCUCGUAACUCACAAAUCAGUACACAAGUGAGCCAGUUUGUAAAUGUUAUUGUUGACAAUUUUGUUAUGUCGUUUCAUUGGUAGUUUAGCAGAAUUUUAGAAGACCGUUUUCAAUACCGAAUUGUAGUUUAUUACAUAUGGAUCCUAUAAUAUAUUUAAGGAAGUGACUUGCUAAUUAGACCAUAUGUACAAAUGUAGUGCAAAAUGUUUUUCUAUCGUAUUUUCACGGAAACGCACGAAGAUGUCAAGCUAUUUCAGCCAGUCUUAGUACAAAAAGUACUGACGCUGCUUGAAAUAGCAUGACAAAUACGAACAUUGCCGAAAAAAUACGAUAAAAACCGAUUAAGCAAACAUCUGCGUAAAAGAAUGCGAUUUGUCUUUUUGUUUACAUUUUAAGAUCCGUAUGUAACGGACUAUAGGUAACUGCUGUAGUGACCGCGUAAGCAUUAUUACGUAUUUUUGUGUCGUAUCGACAUUUUAGGGAACUUAUUCGUUAGCUGUCUGAAUUGACUUCUAGCUUGUAAGCUAGUUCUUAAAACACUUGUAAUUAUUUACAAAAGUCCAAGUCUAUAGAAAAUGUAUGGCCGUGCCAUACUUAACGUAGCACUUGGUGUAGAUAGACUUGCGCACUGGUCCACCAAAGGCGAGUAAGC